UGCCGUAAAAUAAUCACGUGGAGACAUCAUGGACGCUCUUGAGUUUGCUGUAGAUUAUUAUACCUUUAGAGGGGUCUUUUGCUAAAUUGUGAACAAUUGUCUAUAUUUUUAUUUCCUCUCCGCUGUGCAAAACACCUUGAAUGCUGUCCUGAGAGAGUAAACGACACCUCACAGCUCAGCUGACAGCUGGUUCAGGUGUUUCAGGUGUUUCACAGCAGCAGCAGCAGCAGCAGCAGCUCUGUGUGUGUGUUUGUGUUGCUGAGGAGCUGCUCUCAGUGAGCAUCAUGUUCGUGUUGGUGGAGAUGGUCGACACCGUCAGGAUCCCUCCGUGGAGCUUCCAGAGACAACUGAACGAGGCCAUAGCGGAGGAGCUCAACAAGAAACUGGCCAACAAGGUGGUCUACAACGUUGGCCUGUGCAUCUGCUUGUACGACAUCACCAAACUGGAUGAUUCCUAUAUAUUCCCGGGGGACGGAGCCUCGCACACCAAAGUUCAUUUCAGGUAUGUUGUUUUUCACCCUUUCCUCGAUGAGAUCCUGCUCGGGAAGAUCAAGUACUGCAGUCAAGAGGGAGUUCAUGUGACGAUGGGCUUCUUUGACGACAUCCUCAUCCCACCGGAGUCUCUUCAGCAGCCCGCUAAAUUUGAUGAAGCAGAGCAGGUCUGGCUCUGGGAAUAUGAGACGGACGAGGGCGCCCACGACCUCUACAUGGACCAAGGAGAGGAGAUCCGUUUUCGGGUGACAGAUGAAGUCUUUGUGGACACCUCGCCGACGGGCCCGGCCACCGUGGCGGCGGACACGCCGGCACAACCGGGACAAUCGACGGCGCCGCCAGCAGAGGAGAUCGUGGAGAAGAAAGAGGCGCCAUACACUCUGAUUGGGACCAUCUGUGACCCGGGGCUGGGGCUGCUGUCAUGGUGGAACAGUUAGCACUGCAGAGGAAGAAGAGGACACUUGGUUGGAUACGAACAGAUCGACCGCCAUAACUGAUCACAGAGGUGAGGGGCGGUCGUCUGGAGACACAGAGCCCGGUAGUUUGGGUACAGAAGUCGAGACGUGAAGUGGAGCUGCUCUCAAGAUGCUGUUGGUGUAAAGUGACUGAUGUGCUCCGUCACAUUGAGACUGAUUGUGUUGUAAAUACUGCCCUUAAUUAACAUACCAGCGUCAUGUUUACAUGUCAAAUAGACCAUAUAUU